AUGGAUGGUCGAGAGUUACAGGAGUUAAAGGAUGGAGUUCCGUCCUUAGAUCAAGAUAAUUUAGAUAUAGAAUCAAGUAAAGAGGCAUUCGAUAAUUUAAAUAAUGAAAUUAUUAAUGAUUCAAAACAUAUUGCAACUUUAAAUGAUCCCGAAUCAUUUUCACCAGAAAGUGAAGAUCAUAUUAAAUUACGUGACUAUUUUAUGGACUCUCAAAGAAUGGCCAAAGAAAAUGGUAGUAAAGAAAAAAAAAUUGGUGUUACUUUUAAAUCAUUAACUGUAGUAGGGAAGGGUGCUGAUGCUUCCGUAAUCAGUGAUAUGUCCUCUCCACUCUUUUCUUUUAUAGAUUUAUUUAAACCAUCAACCUGGACAACAAAGGUAUCAGAAUUUGAUAUUCUUCAUGAUGUAACCGGUUUUUGUAAAGAUGGUGAAAUGUUAUUAGUAUUGGGUAGACCAGGUUCUGGUUGUAGUACCUUACUUCGUGUCCUUUCAAAUCAAACAAAAUCAUAUGUUUCUGUCAAAGGUGAUGUUACAUAUGGUGGAAUCGAUUCAAAUAAUUUUAAAUAUAAAGCAGAGGCAAUUUACACACCAGAAGAAGAUUGCCAUCACCCAACUCUUACAGUACGUGAGACUCUAGAUUUCGCAUUAAAAUGCAAAACUCCUACAAAUAGAUUACCAAAUGAAAAUAAAAGAUCUUUUCGUGAUAAAGUUUUUAACUUAUUAUUAACAAUGUUUGGUAUGGUUCAUCAAUCGGAAACUAUUGUCGGUAAUGAAUUUAUUAGGGGCUUAAGUGGUGGUGAAAGAAAGCGUUUAACAAUUACAGAGGCAAUGGUAUCAGGCUCAUCAGUAACAUGUUGGGAUUGCUCUACAAGAGGUUUAGAUGCUGCAUCUGCCUUAAAUUUAGCAAAAUCUUUAAGAAUUACAACUGAUACUUUACAUAAAACUACAAUUGCCUCAUUUUAUCAAGCAUCGGAUUCAAUUUAUAAUUGUUUCGAUAAAGUUUUAAUUUUAGAAAAAGGUCGUUGUAUUUAUUUUGGUCCAGUCAGUAAUGCAAAGCAGUACUUUUUAGAUUUAGGUUUCGAUUGUGAACCAAGAAAAUCAAUUCCAGAUUUUUUAACCGGUGUUACAAACCCACAAGAACGUAUUGUUAAACAAGGUUAUGAAGAUAAAGUACCAAUUACAUCAGGUGAUUUUGAAGAGGUUUGGAAAAAUUCAAAAUUAUAUCAAAUUUCAAUGGAAGAAUUGAAAGAUUACGAAAUUGAAACAGAAAAGAAUCAACCCAGUAAGGAUUUUAUUGAAGAAAUCAAAAAUCAAAAAUCAAAAACAAAUAGAAAAGGCUCACAAUAUACUACAUCAUUUAUUACACAGGUUAUUGCCUUGGUUAAAAGAAACUUUUCAAUGAUUUGGGGUGACAAGUUUGGUAUUUUUAGUAAAUAUCUUUCAGUUAUUAUUCAAGCAUGUGUUUAUGGUUCACUCUUUUAUGGUAUGAAGGAUGAUAUGGCAGGUGUAUUUACUCGUGGUGGCGCAAUUACUGGUGGUCUUUUCUUUAAUGCUUUCCUUUCAGUAGGUGAAAUGCAAAUGACAUUUUUUGGUCGUAGAAUUUUACAAAAACAUUCAUCUUAUAAAAUGUACCGUCCCGCUGCUUUACACAUUGCACAGGUAGUUAAUGAUUUACCUUUUACUUUGGCUCAAGUUAUACUGUUCUCUUCAAUUGUUUACUUUAUGUUUGGUUUAACUCCAGAUGCUGAUAAAUUCUUUAUUUAUAUAUUCAUAAAUAUUGGUUGUGCUUUAUGCUGUACUGCUUUGUUCCGUUUAUUUGGUAAUCUUUGCCCAUCAAUGUAUGUCGCCCAAAAUAUUUUAAAUGUAUUUAUGAUAUUCCUUUUCACUUUUGCUGGCUACACAAUUCCAAAAGAUAAAUUAGAUGAAAUUCCUUGGUUUGGUUGGUUCUUUUGGUGCAAUCCAUUUGCUUAUUCCUUUAAAGCUUUAAUGGAAAAUGAAUUUGUAGGUUUAGAAUUCCAAUGUACAGAAGAGGCUAUCCCAUAUGGUGAUUUUUAUCAAAAUUAUACUGCAAAUAGAAUAUGCCCAGUAGCAGGUUCAAAUCAAGGUGAAUUAAAGUUUUCAGGUAGUUUUUAUUUAACCAAAAACUUAUCAUUCCCAACAAACCAAUUAGCUUUAAAUACAAUCGUAGUUUAUUUAUUAUGGGUAUUAUUUAUUAUUUUGAAUAUGAUUGCAAUGUCUUAUUUAGACCAUACAUCUGGUGGCUAUACUCAUAAAGUAUACAAGAAAGGCAAAGCACCAAAAAUGAACGAUAUUGAUGAAGAAAGAAAUCAAAUAGAAUUGGUUGCCAAAGCUACAUCAAAUAUUAAGGAUACACUCGAAAUGCAUGGUGGUAUUUUCACAUGGAAGAAUAUUAAUUAUACUGUACCAGUCCCAGGUGGUGAAAAAUUACUUUUGGAUAAUAUCGAUGGUUGGAUUAAACCAGGCCAAAUGACUGCAUUAAUGGGUGCAAGUGGUGCUGGUAAAACAACACUAUUGGAUGUUUUGGCAAAAAGAAAAACUUUAGGUACAGUUAAAGGUGAAUGUACUUUGAAUGGUAAACCAUUAGAAAUUGAUUUUGAAAGAAUUACAGGUUAUGUAGAACAAAUGGAUGUCCAUAAUCCUGGACUAACAGUUCGUGAGGCAUUAAGAUUCUCAGCCAAACUUCGUCAAGAACCAGAGGUUUCGUUAGAAGAGAAAUUUAAAUAUGUUGAACAUGUACUUGAAAUGAUGGAAAUGGCACAUCUUGGCGAUGCAUUAGUAGGAAAUUUAGAAACUGGUGUUGGUAUUUCAGUAGAAGAAAGAAAACGUUUAACAAUUGGUUUAGAAUUAGUAGCAAAGCCUUAUUUAUUGUUCCUUGAUGAACCAACCUCUGGUUUAGAUGCCCAAAGUUCUUAUAAUAUCAUUAAAUUUAUUCGUAAACUUGCAGAUGCUGGAAUGCCAUUAGUUUGCACUAUCCAUCAACCAUCAAGUGUAUUAUUUGAACAUUUUGAUCGUAUUUUACUCUUGGGUAAAGGUGGUAAAACAGUUUACUUUGGAGACAUUGGCGAACGUUCAAGUGUACUUUCUGGAUAUUUUGAACGUUAUGGUGUUAGACCAUGUACUCAAAGUGAAAAUCCAGCCGAGUAUAUGUUUGAAGCUCUUUCCACAGAUGUAAACUGGCCAGUUGUUUGGAACGAAUCCCCAGAAAAAGAAGCAGUUACUCUUGAACUAGAUCAAUUAAAGGUUACAGUAAAUGAAGCAUUCCUUUCACAAGGUAAACCAAGAGAAUUUGCCACCUCACUUUGGUAUCAAUUUAAAGAAGUUUAUAAAAGAUUAAAUCUCAUUUGGUGGAGAGACCCUUACUAUACCUUUGGCUGCAUGGGUCAAGCUAUCAUUUCGGGUCUUGUAUUGGGCUUUACUUUCUUUAAUCUUCAAGAUUCAUCAUCCGAUAUGAUACAGCGUGUAUUCUUUAUUUUCGAAGCUAUCAUCCUUGGUAUCCUUUUAAUUUUUGCAGUUAUGCCACAAAUUAUCAUUCAAAAGGCCUAUUUUACUCGUGACUUUGCAUCCAAAUAUUAUUCAUGGUUACCAUUCACUUUGGGUAUUGUUAUAGUCGAACUACCAUAUACAAUCAUCUCAGGUACACUCUUUUAUUUCUGCAGCUUCUGGACCGCUGGUUUAAAUUACGAUGCCUAUACAAACUUUUAUUUCUGGAUCAUCUAUAUCCUAUUUAUGAUUUUCUGUGUCACAUUUGGUCAAGCUAUUAGUGCAUUUUGUAUUAAUAAUUUAUUAGCUAUGACAGUUUUACCAUUGUUAGCUGUUUAUUUAUUUUUAUUCUCUGGUGUUAUGGUCCCUCCAUCAAAAAUUCACGGGUUCGAGAAAUGGAUGUAUUAUGUUAACCCAACCAAAUAUUUCCUCGAAGGUAUCUCAACAAAUAUUUUAGAUACUGUUAAUGUUAUUUGCACUGAAAGAGAUUUAGUUUUAUUCACCUAUCCAAAAUCAGAUUUUAGCUCAUGUAAAGAAUACACAGAACAAUUUGAAUUAAAUAUAAAAUCUGGUUAUGUAGACAACAACGAAAAUGGUACACUCCCAGAAGGCUAUUGUGGUUAUUGUAACUAUAAUAGUGGCAAAGAGUAUUACGAUACUUUAGAGUGGUCCAACGAUAAUAGAUGGUGGAACUUUUUAAUUUUAUGUGGUUAUGUUUUAUUUAAUAUUGCUAUGACUGUAGGAUUCAUUUAUUUAACCAAGAAAGGAAGAAGAUAA